AUGGUCGAGAAGGUAGAUAAGAACGAAAUAGCGAUGGAAAAACCGCUACCUCCUCUCCCAAAAGAGCGCCUACCCCUCCCCCACCGCCUAAACUGUUUCUUCCAACUCUGGCUACUCAAAUCCCUCGCUAGUCUCUACUUCCUCUAUCUCCGCCUGUUCAAACCGCCUCAGCCGGGCACCCAACCAACCCUCACCAAGCGCUAUGCCUGCCGCCCAAAUUUGGAAACUCGCAUUUUCUACCCGCGUUCCUACAACCCCGCCCAGCGCAAACUCCUCCCACUCUACCUGAACAUCCAUGGCGGCGGCUUCGCAUUUUGCGAGGCCACUGUCGACGACCCCUUCUGCAGUGCCUGGGCCAGCCGCACAAGUAUGCUAGUCGUCAGCCUCAACUAUCGCAAAGCGCCGCUCCACCCCUUCCCAGCCGCCACCUUUGACGUAAGCGAGGUAGCCAAGAGCGUGCUAGCAGAUGACUCCCUCCCAAUUGACCAUUCGCGCAUUGCGAUCGGCGGCUUCAGUGCAGGCGGCAACCUCGCGCUGUCCGUGUCGCAAUUGCCCGGUCUGAAAGGCCUGAUCAAAGCAGCGGUGGUAUACUACCCCAUUGUGGACUUCGGCCACCCACCCAAUGAAAAGCUUGAUGCGAGACCUUACAAAGCCAGUCUGGUGAAGGAUACGCUGGAAAAGACCUCCUGGUGGCUGGAUUGGGCGUAUGUGAGUGUAGGUCAGAAUCGGAGGGAUCCACUGCUCAGUCCGCUGUAUGCGCGGAAAGAUGAGUUGCCGCCGUGGAUUUACAUGAUCGGGGCGCAGUGGGAUAUGCUUCGGUUGGAGACGCAGGAGAUGAUUCAUGGCUUAGCUGGGUUGGGUGAUAGAGUCGGGCUUGAGCAGGAGGAGGACUUUGAGGUGGGCAAGUAUAAGUGGACGUUAGCUAAGGGAUGUCCGCAUGCUUUUACCCACUCAUCACCAAGGAAGAAGGGCGGUAAUAGUAGGAAGAAGAGAGAGGAAAUUGCGCAGGGGAUUUAUGCGGAGGCGCACGAGUGGUUGAAAAAGUCUCAGGUUCUUCCCUAG